GUUGUCUAAUCUUUUAUAUAAUAGAAUAGAUGUUUGGUAGAUGGAAGAAAUUUAUAAAAAUUAUUUGUUGUACUUCUUAAUUACUUUAUGAUUGUGUUUCUCCUGAAAGGAUUUACGUUUCUUUAAUGUAACUUGAGAAACACUGUGAGAUAUGUUUCAAAACUAUUUAAAUAAAACAUGGCUUAUAGCAAUAAGCAUAAAAUAGUUCUACAAGCAAUUGUACACGAAGGUCUUUUAAUUGAAAAUAAGAUACAGGACUUAAUUAUUAAAUUAUUUGGUGAUAAUAGAGUAUCAGUAAUAAUAAAUCAAAUAAAUGAACAAUUGCAGCCCUUAAACAUGUUAAUCAAAAAAGCACAGUGUGAAAUUACAGGCAAAUUAUAUUGGGUUCUAAUAAGUACUAGGCUUAAUGAAGUAACCAGGUACCAAACUGAAUUUUCGAAAGAGCAAUUGGCCCUGUUAAGAACUGUGUUUUCUGAAAUUAUAACAUCACGCAAUGGAUGCAUACAAAGUACAAUAUGUUUAAAUUUAUGCUCUUCAUUAGAUAUAAAAAUGUCAAAGGCAGGUGCUGAAAAAUUUCUGGAGGAUAUAGUUAAUAGAAAAUGGUUGAUUUAUAAGGAUGGUUAUUACUAUAUGGGUGUAAGAAGUAUAACAGAAUUAAUGCCAUAUUUUAGAGCUACAUAUGAAAGCAAUUUAAAUACCUGCUGCCUUUGCAAACAAGUUAUUUUUCAUGGCGAAAAGUGUACUAACUGUGAUACCUUCUUUCACUUAUAUUGUUUGAAGAAAUUUACUAUGGUCCAUACUCAUGUGAACUGUCCCAAUUGCAGCACAGUUGUUUCGGACAUUGAUCUAUCUGGUAUACAAGAUGACUUAGCAAUACCAGAAGAAGGAUAUGAGUGAAAUAAAAAUACAAUAGGAAGGUUUAAAAAACAAAAACUAUAAAAUGCUAAACGUUAUUUUUGCAAAUAAAUUUUUUAUUAUCACAAA